CCUGAACCGGAUCGGUACGAUUCGACUAACUGGAGACAUCCGACCACGCCUGAUGGAACAGCCUUCUCCAAUAGAAACAGCUCAUCAAAGCUUCGUUAUGAACCGACUUCUAUGGGACUCACAGUUUGGGCGUGUUCCUGAAAUGUUAUAUGUUGUGUUUAAAGUUUCAAAUUUUAUGUACUCUCAGCCUGUUAAUUCCGUGUAG